AUGCCCAAUAUUAUAAACGAAGUUAAAUUGGACUUCAAAGAUGUCCUCCUGCGACCCAAACGAAGCACCUUACGCAGCAGAAAUGACGUGGAUUUGUAUAGGGAGAUCACAUUCCGUAACUCAGGACAGACGUAUAAGGGAGUCCCUGUCAUGGCAAGCAAUAUGGACACGGUAGGCACUUUCGAAAUGGCACGCGAACUUUCUAAGCACGGGCUAUUUACAUGCAUUCACAAGUAUUACACUAUUGACGAAUGGAAGAAGUUUGCUGAGGAGCAUCCAGAGUGCUUACAACAGAUGGCUGCCAGCUCAGGCACAGCAGAGGCAGACUUCGAGCGCCUGGCUGAGAUCCUGAAUACCAUCAAGGACCUGAAGUUCAUAUGUUUAGACGUGGCCAAUGGAUACUCACAACACUUCGUUGAAUACGUGCGAAAAGUUCGGGCUGCCUUCCCCACUCAUACUAUCAUUGCUGGAAAUGUAGUAACCGGUGAGAUGGUAGAAGAAUUAAUUUUGUCUGGAGCUGACAUUAUAAAGGUAGGAAUAGGACCAGGAUCAGUGUGCACUACUCGCAUCAAGACGGGUGUCGGAUACCCACAGCUGUCCGCUGUCAUAGAGUGCGCGGACGCAGCGCACGGUCUCAAAGGACAUAUCAUAUCGGAUGGAGGAUGUACGUGCCCUGGUGACGUAGCAAAAGCAUUUGGAGCUGGAGCAGACUUCGUGAUGGCUGGUGGCAUGUUUGCCGGUCACGACCAAUGCGGUGGUGAUGUGGUCACCACUGCCGAUGGAAGGAAGGUCAAGCUGUUCUACGGCAUGUCUUCGUCUACUGCCAUGCAGAAACAUUCUGGUGGUAUCGCAGAGUACCGGUCUUCGGAAGGUAAAACGGUAGAAGUGGAGUACCGAGGUGACGUAGGGGCUACCGUCAAGGACAUUCUAGGAGGUCUAAGAUCAGCCUGCACUUACGUAGGAGCCGCCCACUUACGGGAGCUCCCAAGAAGAGCCACCUUUAUAAGAUGCUGUAGACAAGUCAACGAUACCUUCUCCUAA